AUGCGGAACACGACCAUCUUUGCCGGCUCGAGCUGCCCGGUGCUCACACAGCAAAUAUGUGGGAAUCUGGGCAUGGCGCCUGGCGAUACCGAGCUGGGCCAGUUCUCCAAUGGCGAGACCAGCGUGCGCAUCCUGACAAGCGUCCGGGAAAGGGACGUCUUCAUCAUCCAGUCGGGCAGCCCCAAGAUCAACGACACCAUCAUGGAGCUGUUGAUCAUGAUCCAGGCCUGCAAGGGCGGCUCGGCCAAUAAGAUUACUGGUGGGUGA